AUGAUGGCGGGAUAUCUCACGUGUUGCUUAUGGAUAACACUUUUUGCGCAUGGAAUUUUGGGCCUGGCUGAAAAUGAAGUGCAAGAAAAUGGAACUACAACACUAGUCGACCAUGGAGAAGGAGAUUAUAUUGAGGAAACCAAAAUUGCGGAAGGUAUGGCCCAUGUUUUUACCUUGUGAUUCCUAUUUACCAUUGUAAAUAUAAUUUCAAGCGCAUUUUUUGCGAUUUCAAUGCAGAUUUAAGUUUUCAGCUAUUCUGAAAUACGUCGUAAUAUUUAGAAACAUCCACUCAGCAUCACACCUCGGAAACACCUGAUUUCAACACCCCAUUACCUACUCUAACCACAGAACAACCGACUCCUGUGGCUGUACAACAAACCUACUACCUCGAAGACUUCUACAGCGACAAAGGAAACCUUACAGUUCCGAUAACAAAAGACGAAUCCGGCUUGGUCAAUACAACGCUAUCUGUCUCGAUUAACACUGAUGUCGCUAGAAGUCUGAACCUAACUUCAAUCGGAGAUUUCUACAGAGAAUGCAUCAAGAAUUUAAAAGGAUCGAAUCCCGUGUUAGAGAAGCUGAUAAUUCGACCAUUUUCAUUGGAAUUCACCAAUUGUGACAUAGUAAGGUUAAUUUUUUAGAUUUUGAAAAUUGAUAGACUUGUCAAUUAUUAGCUCUGCAAAGUUUGUUAAGGUUAGGCUAUACUAUUUAGAGUAUAAUAAAUGAAAUUCCAAACACCGACGAGUACACAACACUCUCCACUCAUAUUGUACAUGCCAUUGCCAAGUCCCUCAACGAAUUCAGACUCAAAUCAGCCCCAAUCGAACUCACUCUGAAUAUCAGGAGCAAUCAAGUGUGUAUUCCUUCAAAAUUUUUUAAUUAAAACGCCUAAAAUGACCUCAAUUUUCAGCUACGCAAAGAUUCGAUAACCCAAAUCUCCAUCAACACAAACUACACACAAACCUUGGAAAACGAACCGAUCCCAGCGAAAAUAAGGUACAAAAGAUCUUUGAGUUGGACUCUGUAAUUCACCUCACUUUCAGCCUUCAAACAAGAACUACAUCGGCAUCCGAGUGCCCUGGAGACCAAUUAUAA